CGUUCUCUGCCCGUCGUUUGGCAAACGACUCAGUGCAUGAACCUAUUAUUAGUGACAAAGGCAAAUAUACACUUUCUGUAAUUAGUGCUUUACUUCUUGUUGCUUCAACAUGGCUGGAGAUGAUAGGAAAAGGAAGAAAGUGAAGACGCAGCAUGUGCAGAAACGGCAAGGGCGGCGGUCUUACAAAGAGGAUUUGGAAAUUGCUCAGCUGGAGCAGCAAUUAAAGGAUGGCGCUCCGCCGCGUGGCUCAAAUCCGCUUGCAGCGCCUGAGCGCAGUCAGGAAGCCGGCGCGUCGACAUCCUACGCUGGCGUGCGGACGUUCGACGAGCUCCCUAUCUCUCAGUACACGAAGGACGGUUUAAAGAAGGCGAAAUACGUCACGCUGACGGCGAUUCAGCGGGCAGCGCUGCCGCAUGCACUGUGCGGCCGGGACAUUCUUGGAGCAGCGAAGACGGGCUCUGGCAAAACGCUGGCGUUCCUUAUCCCGGUGGUUGAGAAGCUCUACCGCGCCAAGUGGACCCGGCUGGACGGUCUGGGGGCGCUGGUGCUGACCCCCACCCGCGAGCUGGCGUUGCAGAUAUUCGAGGAGCUUAAGAAGGUGGGUCACUUCCACGACCUGUCCGCGGGCCUGUUGAUCGGCGGCAAGAACGUGGCGGAGGAGGCGGGCAGGCUGGCGGGCAUGAACGUGCUGGUGUGCACGCCAGGUCGGUUGCUGCAGCACAUGGACGAGACGGCCGGCUUCGACACCACCUCACUGCAGAUGCUCAUCCUGGACGAGGCUGACCGCAUCCUGGACAUGGGGUUCGCGGCCACGCUGGAUGCCAUCGUGGCCAACCUGCCGAGGGAGAGGCAGACCAUGCUGUUCAGCGCUACCCAGACCAAGUCGGUUCGCGACCUGGCCCGCCUCAGCCUGCGCGACCCGGAGUACCUGGCAGUGCACGCGGAGGCAACCGCACCCACGCCGCUCAAGCUGCAGCAGGCCUACAUGGUGGUGGACCUGGGGUCCAAGAUGGACGUGCUGUGGUCCUUCAUUAAGACCCACCUCAAGGCCAAAACCAUCAUCUUCCUCUCAACGUGCAAGCAGGUUCGCUUCGUGUUCGAGGCCUUCCGCAAGCUGCGCCCGGGGGUGCCGCUGCGCUGCCUGCACGGGGGGCUCAAGCAGGGCCGCCGGACAGGGGUGUUUUACGAGUUCUGUGAGGCGCAGUCCAUGGUUCUGAUCGCCACCGACAUCGCGGCACGGGGGCUGGACUUCCCCACCGUGGACUGGGUGGUGCAGGCCGACUGUCCCGAGGACGCCGCCACCUACAUCCACCGCGUGGGUCGCACCGCCCGCUACACCUCCUCGGGGCGGGCGCUGCUGCUGCUGCUGCCCUCGGAGGCGCCCGGCAUGCUGGCGGAGCUCAAGGAGGCCAAGGUCCCCCUGACCGGCCCCAUCAAGCCCAACCCGGCUCGCCAGCAGGCGGUCAGCCCCUCACUGCAGGCGCUACUCAGCAAGGACACGGAGCUCAAGGACUUUGCCCAGAAGGCGCUGGUGGCCUACUGCCGCUCCGUGUUCCUGCAGCCGCGCAAGGCGGUGUUCGACGUGGCCGCGCUGCCGCUGCCCGAGUACGCUGCCAGCUUGGGACUGGCCAGCGUGCCCAAGCUGAGGUUCAUGAAGAAGGUUCGCGGCAAGCAGCAGGUGCUGGAGUUGGGCGGCAAGCAGGCGCUGGAGGAGGAGGAGGAGGAGGAGGAGGAGGGGGGCAGUGAGGAGGAGGGCGGUGAGAGCGAGGAGGAAGACGACGAGGCCGCGGAGGCACAGCAGCAGCAGCAGCUUGCAAAGAAGCAGCUGAAGAGGGAGGGCGAUGGCGCGGAGGCGGGCAACGGCAGUAAGAAGCGGAAGCUGGAUCAGCAGCAGCAACAGCAGGGGGCGAACAAGGCGGGUGCAAAGGGCGGGGCUGCGGACAAGGCCAAGGGCAAAGGCAGGGAGCAGAAGGAGGAGGAGGAGGAGGACGGUGACGACGAUUUCCUGGUGGUUAAGAAGCGCGACGUGUUUGCGGAUCGACCAGGAGAGGAGGGGCUGCUGGACGCCCUGGAUGAGGACCUGGAGGAUGCUGGCAACGGCAAGAAGAAGAAAAAGAAGAAGCAGAAGAUUCGCGUGGGGCUGGUCAGCGGCAACCGCAUGGUGUUUGAUGAGGAGGGUAACACUCUAGACCCACUCGCCCAGCUCGCAGCGGAGCAGCUCGGCAGGCCCUCCACCGCUGCGGGUGCCGCCACCUCCGUCUCCUCGGAGGACCCAGAUGCCGCCGACGGAAUCAUAGCAGCAGCAGCAGCGGCCCAAGCAGGGGCAGCGGGAGGGGAGGGUGUGUAUGUGGUUUCGGAGCGGCCCGAGGAGCGGUUCCGGCUGGCGGCAGACCUCAUGCGGCGGAGGGACAGGGAGGACCGGGCGCGACUCAAGCAGCUGCGAAAGGAGCUCAAGCUGGAGCGCAAGGCCCGGCAACGCGCCGCAGCAGAGCUGGAGGCCGACGGCGAGGGCGGCCCCACACUGGGCGCCACGCUGGGCCGACCCACGGGUCAUUACGACAGGGACGACGAGGACGGCUACUCCUCCAGCGGUGGCGAGGAGACGUCUGGGGGCAGCGAUGAUGAUGAC